AUGUUUAACCGGAGCGGUGGUACCAGUUGUGCGGGGCAGCCCGGGCCGGCUGGCGGUGGCGCUGCCGGGACCGGCCGGGUGCUGCAGGCACCCAGAGCGAGGGGGGGGGGUCGAAUGGAGCCGGAGGGAGAGCGGCGCUGUGAGCCCCAGCCGGGUGCACGGCCCAAAACGGUCCCACGGGGCCCCGAGAGACCGAGCCUCGGAGAAGAACAGGAGGGCCCCGCGGUGGGAAGAGAGACACGCCUGAGAGUGGUGCUGAGAGUCCGGCCACUGACCUGCACAGAGACGCGGCGAGGCGACCAGCGGGUGGUGCACAGCCUCGGAGACGGCACUGUCCAUGUGAGUGCAGCCAGGCACGACGCCACCUUUGGGUUCAGCGCCGUGUUCGACGCUGGAGCCUCGCAGGAGACCGUGUUUGAGGGCAGUGGAAUGAGGCAGCUGGUGGAGCUGGCCAUAGAUGGCUUCUCUUGCACCGUUUUUGCCUUCGGGCAGACUGGCUCGGGGAAGACCUACACCCUGAUGGGACCCCUUGCCCAGGGUGAGACCCAGCCGGCACCCCCAGGGCUGCUGGGGCUGAUGCAGAGGUCCUUCGCCUGCCUCUUGGAGCAGAGCCAGAGCCGCGGCUCUGACCUGGCUCUCAGUACCUCCUACCUGGAGAUCUACAACGAGCAGGUCCGGGACCUGCUGAGCCCGGGACCACCCUGUGCCCUGCCGCUGCGGUGGAGCAAAACCCGCGGCUUCUACGUGGAGAACCAGGUCAGCGUGGACUUUGAGAGCCUGGACACCAUUGCCAACCUACUCCAGCAAGGUGCUGAGCCACGGGCUCAUGUCUGGCAGGAGAAGGGCAGUGGGUGCUGAGACAGAGUAUUUGGUGCCCCUCUGCAGCUUUUAAUCUCCCCCUCAACAGGAUCUCAGAGGCGACAGACCUCAGCUCACGCCCUCAACAGGCACUCCAGCCGUAGCCACGCGCUUCUGACCAUCCACAUCCGCAGCCGAGCUCCCAGCACCUACCCCAGCAAGCAGGGUACACUGUGCUUCGUGGAUCUGGCUGGCAGUGAGCGGGUCAAGGAGACCGGUUCCAGUGGGGAGCUCUCUGUGGAGGCCAACAACAUCAACCGCAGCCUCCUGGCACUGGGACACUGCAUCUCUUUGCUGGCCAAACCCCGAGGGAAGAGGAUGCACAUCCCAUACCGAGACAGCAAGCUCACCCGGCUGCUGGCCCGCUCCCUGGGUGGCUCGGGCAUCACGCUGAUGAUUGCCUGCAUCUCCCCAUCCUCACGCUGCCUCUCGGAGACGCUGAGCACACUGCACUAUGCCAGCCGGGCCCGGAGGGUCACCACCAGACCCUUGGCCAACAGGGUGCCCCGGGAGAAGCUACUGCAAAGCUUGGAGAAAGAAAUCCAUGCCCUGCAGCUGGAAAACCUCUCCCUGCGCCAGCAGCUGUGCCUGCCCAGGGUGCCAAUGAGAAGCAUAGAGGUGCCAGGGACCGCCCUGAAGGUGGGGUCAUGGCCAGGCUGGGGAGGCAGGUAUGGCCCCACAGGGCAUCUCCCUUCAGAGGGAGCCCCAGCCUGGCCCAGCCUCUAUGGCCUCCUGAGGGACUUCGUGGUGGAGAAUGAGCAGCUGAGGCAGCCCCAGCUGUCCUCAGACCCGAACAGUGAUGUCCCAGCCGGCCCAUCCCACAGAGCCACCCGCAGCUCCUGUGGCAGCCAGCCCCAGCUCCGGAGUGCCACCACCCCCCGGCUCACACCCAGCCACCCUGCGAGGCUCCGGCAGCCUGAUGUGACACUCACCUCUGGCUCCCAGCUGCCAAAGCUGCCUCCCACCUCUCUCCGCCCUGGCUGCCCGGGGUGGCCCCAGUGCUGCCCUGGGCCAUCUGAUGCCAUUCUGUCCCAGGCACUGCCAGGACCCCCUGUGUUGCAGCAGGUCACCCCUGAGGGAAAUGUUGGCAUCCUCCCACCUGGACAAGAGGUGGCUCUGUCCAGCUCUCACCAGCUCCUCGGGCACCCCCAGUCACACCAGGGGAAGCGGAGCCUGGGCAGAAGCAGGAGCUCAGCUCAGCAGCACCCACUGCCCCGGGAGCUGCCAGGCCCAGAACGUUGUCCCAGCCCCGAGGGAAGGGUCAUCCCCUCAGCACCACCAUGGCCAGGACCGCUGGAGCCGAGAGCUGCCAGCACUGUCCCUCCUCUCCAGCUGGAAGAGGCACUGGACUGGCUGGCAGAACAGAUCUGA